AUGGAGAUGACACUCAAGGAAGACAACCCAGAUUCUCCAAUGUCUGGAAUCUAUGAGAUACCUGGUGAACCUGCAUUGGUUAUCAAUGGGGUGCCUCCUGUUUGUACCAGUGUCAAUGGUAGUCUGGUUCCCUACAAAGUUUGUUGUGACAUUGAUUCAAAAACAAAUGAGUCUUUGGGUGACUGGUUAGAAGGUAGAAAAGUUCAAAAGCUAUUUGGGGAGAAGUUCUUUAAUGGGGAAGUUACCAAAUUUGACAAAGAAUCGAAUUGGUAUAGAGUGGUUUAUGAUGAUGGGGAUUUUGAAGAUCUUGAAUGGCAUGAGUUGCAGGAAGUUUUACUUCCUCUUGACAUCACAAUCCCAUUGAAGACAUUAGCAUCAAAAGUCAACAAGAGGAGGCAAAAACAUGAUAAAAAAUCUGGUAGAUCUGUGAGUAAGCCCAAAAUCCACCAACAUAAAGGCUUGGAAUCGGAGGUUGAGAAAAUGGAGGUCUAG